ACAAAAAACUACAAAUUCUCAAUGUACUAUAUUGACACAAAAUGUACUUAUAUGGUACAAAAAAAGGCCUUAUACAGAACAUUGUGUUAAAACAGACAUCACAACGUAAUUCGUCAUUCAAAAUCCUUUAAUUUGAUGGGUCAUACAUUGAUUUCUGAUUAUCCGUUCCAAAGAUACAAAUAUUUGUACAAAAUUAUGAAAAAUCGAAUAAUUUGAAAUAUUUACAAAAAUAUUUUAAGUUGUUUGUUAACAUGCCGGGUGUGUAUGGUUGAUAAGAAAAGAGUGCAGACGUUAUUUUUGUUAAUAUUAACCUCCAAAGAUAUGACAAGCCACAAUGCUAAAAGUCCGGAUGUAGUCGGAUGAUAACAUGUAACCGCAGUUGUUAUUUGUGUAAAUGUUAUCACAUAUUUUUAAAACUAUAAGGUCUUGUUUUUGCAAAACACAUUCAAUUUCAUUUGAUCACGUUCAUGCUGUGUGAAUUUCGCCUAUAAAUACUGAAAUAAACGAGCAUAUACCACAGUCGACAUCUGACAGUUUCUACAGUAUAGUUACAGUGUUCAGUGGAAAAUAUUCAAUUAAGAUAUUCCUAGCGUUCAGACGUGUGCUCUGUUUUGAGGAGUUUAUUAAGUGCCGAACCUCCACCAAAUAAAGUAGUAGAAACCCGACCAGACUUCUUUACAUCCAGAAGCAUCCACUGCAGGGAAGAUGGACUCGUUCUGUAUCUACCCUCCACCAAUGAGAAAGGACCAAAAGCGAAUUACGAAAUUGUUCUUCACAGACCAACUACAGAGACUUUGCACCAGAUUUUCAGCUUAUUUCGAACACCUAGUUUAGAGUUGGCAGAAAAUAGAUUCAUAACUUAUAAGGAUAAAAUACCACAGAUUGUAGAAGUAGCCAAAGAGAUGUGCAAUAUUCAUAGUUUACAAAAAGUCUGUGACGUCGUGUUGGAACACCCUACUUGGACACUAGCACAUCUCGCGGCCCAUUUUGCAUUGUAUGACUGCUUUAACGACUCUACAGUGAAUAGUCUCCUCAAUAGCACCGAGAUUGAAACAGGGAUGUCUCCAUUGCAGGUCGCCAUUACCACCCAGAACAUUAAGACCAUUCAAAUAAUGAUAGCUGCGAAUUGUUCUUUGGAACAUCUAGACUACGAAGGGAAUUCAGUUUUUCAUUAUGCCGCUAGUACCACCAAGGAAAUUAUUAACGCACUGUCCCAAACAGCCCCUCAACGCUCUCUAAACGCCCGCAACAAAAACGGCCACACUCCCCUCCACAUGGCGUGCUUGGCAGACAAAAGCGACUGCGUCACGGCGCUCAUACUCGCUGGAGCCGACGUCAACAUCGCGGCAACGAAGAGCGAAAACCCCGAUACUCUUACCAAUGAACCGAGCUACGUAGCCAAUUACUUACAGAAAAACCCGAACACCUUUUACUCGAAAGACAUGAAGAACGGGGGGACUCCCCUACAUUGGGCCAGUUCUAGACAAGUUGUAGAAGCCUUGAUCGAUGUCAAUUGUCAUAUAAACUCGUUGAAUUUCGAAUUUAAAACUGCGCUGCACGUGAUGGUGGAAAGAAAUCGGCUGGACUGCGUGGUGGCUCUUUUAAGUAGACAAGCCAACGCUGAUUUGGGUGACAAGGAUGGAAAUAGACCGCUACAUUUAGCGGUAAAAGCGAACAACGUCGCUAUAAUUCAGGCGCUUAUUAUUUUCGGAGUAGACCUAAAUAUUUUGAAUAACAAAGGCGAAACGGCUAGGCAUAUGAUAACUGCAGAAAAUGAGCCGCAGUUGCUGUAUUAUCUGGCAGCCGUCGGCGCCAGAAGGUGCGAGAAAGGUAUGGAGGGCUGUACUGAGGGUUGCGCUCCAUCCGGCACUUAUGAGGGUAUUCCUCCGCCAAAGGUAAUUGGACAGACCAAUCGAGAUAUACUAAAUGCAAUGCUUUCUGUGGCCGGAAUGGAAGUCGCCUCCGAAAAACACAAAAAUGGUCACAUUCCUAGAAGCGGUCGACUCUUAUGUUUAGACGGAGGAGGAAUUAGAGGCUUGAUCUUAAUUCAGAUGCUGUUAGAAUUGGAGCACGUCUUUAAAAAACCCAUUAAAGACAGUUUUGACUGGCUAGCUGGUACUAGCACUGGUGGAAUUCUAUGUUUAGCUAUUGCCACUGGUAAAUCGAUGAAGGAAUGCCUUUGUCUCUAUUUCCGAUUAAAGGAACAAGCGUUUGUCGGUAUACGACCGUAUUCCAGCGAAAAUUUAGAAAAUAUCUUGAAGGACACGUUUGGCACAGAAACUGUGAUGUCUGAUAUUAAACAUCCUAGAGUAAUGGUAACCGGAGUUUUGGCCGAUAGAAAACCGGUGGAACUUCAUCUUUUUAGGUCAUAUACUAGUCCGAAUGAUAUUUUAGAAGUAAAACACGACCACCCUUACGAGUUACCUCAUCCACCAGAUCAGCAGCAUAUUUGGGAAGUCGGUAGAGCAACUGGUGCAGCCCCAACAUAUUUCAGAGCGUUCGGAAGAUUUCUGGACGGCGGUCUAAUAGCCAACAAUCCAACACUAGAUGCCAUGGCCGAAAUCCAUGAGCACACCAUGGCGCUUAAAGCGAAGAAUCGAGAAAAUGAAGCGAGUCCAGUGAACGUGGUGGUGAGUCUUGGUACCGGGUCUAUACCGGUGACUGAAGUGAAGAGUAUCGACGUUUUCAAACCAGAAAGCAUCUGGGACAGCGCUAAGUUGGUGAUUGGUAUAUCGUUCCUUGGAACUCUGCUUGUAGACCAGGCUACUUCCAGCGACGGCAGAGUAGUAGAUAGAGCCAGAGCGUGGUGUUCAUCAAUAGGCGUUCCUUACUUCCGAUUCUGCCCACAGAUGUCUGAAGAUGUCGCCAUGGAUGAGAAGGCCGACGACAAACUAGUUCGAAUGCUUUGGGAGACCAAAGCCUACAUGUACGAGCAGAUGAGUAGUAUAAAAGAACUGGCGGAUAUUAUAAAUAGGUGUUAAUCCUGUUAGCAAAGACAUUUUUGUUAUUUGUGUUUUUAAUUUUAUGUUUUCAAUUAUAGAGAAUGUUGUAGAUAAACAAAUUCAGUUUUUCAUAAUGGUUUGUGAUAAAUAAAGGAGUACCACGAAGUGGAAUAGUGAAUAGGUACACACAGAAGAAAUUCUGAAACGAUUCAUCUUGCUUUUGGGAAUAUUCUUGUUCACCGAUAUGGUCUGCAAAAAAUUUGAUUUGUAGUGGUACAUCUUUGUCCAAACACACACACAUUUUGUUUUAUUUACUUAAUUUACUAAAUAACUUGCGUGAUAAUAAAUGCUAUGUGCAUUUAACAUAAGAAAUAAAGACAUAGUGAUAUUCAUAUCCAGUAAUCUUUAAUUUACUUGCCAUGUUCAUUGUACUUGGUUUUUAUAUAAUAUUUUUUGCUAGUUAACGUUUUUAUACAUUUAGUGAACUAUAAAAUUAUUAUUUGCGAAUAUCUUGAAUAACUUAAUCAACUUAAAGAACUCAUUCGAAUUUAUUAUAGCCAUAACACUUAGUCUAUAGUAAAUCAAAGUAGUACAUAAAUUUUUCCGUCUGUCAAGUUUGUAUUUCGUAGAAAAUAUAUGCAAUAUUGCAACACUGCGACUUCCAUCCAAUCAGGUCUACCUCGGUAAAUGCUGGAUUUAAAAUUCGGCCAAAAGGCUUAAGAUGGUUUUGUAAUAAAGCAAUGGAGAACAUCAAAAUUCCACGAAUAUUAAUAGACCAGCGCCUCGAUUUUUGACCCUUCGCUUCGUUAUGAAACGUACUCGUUUCGUAUACUAAACAGAUAUGAAGUGAAUACGUUCGAUAACGAAGCGAAGGGUCAAAAAUCGAGGCCCAGGGCGCAUCUGUAAAAUUAUUAGUACAUUUGGAUGUUGAGAGGUGACUCAUAUUUUUUGCAGAAAUUGCUUGAAAGUAACUCAAGUAAUAAUAUUUGAGUUAUCCUCCCACUCAAAAAGGUCCAGAACAUUGUUUAAAUAAUCAAAAUGUUAAAAAAUGAAGGAAAGAUUCGAUUUUUUUCUUCGUUUUUUGAUUAUAACUUUAAAAGUAUUCAUUUCCGAGAAAAGUUGUACUGACAUAAAAGUUGCGUAAUUAAAUUUUCUACAAUAUAUGAAUAAUUAAAAUUUUAAAAAUUGUCACCCUUGUUGCAAAAUAGCAAUAAUUGCGAAAAACCAUAAAAAUAAAAGUAUUCGCGUUUUACGUUUUUCAACCAUUUAUGCUAUACUCACAAACCAUACAUACUCAUAGACGUUUCACGUAAAUUGUCAAGGUCAAGACAGCAAAUUAGUUACCAUUCCAAUCCAGAGAUGUCGCUGUCAGUCCCUUCUCUUGUCAUAUUUAACAACUGACAGUUGACAAUUAAAUUAAUUUGUUAUUUAUUUUUAUUUUACAGUUUGUGGCUUAAAUAUUUUAUUAUAGUGGUGUUACGUUUUUAAUUAGAUUUAAUCACAAUUUUAAUCAAUUAUAUUAACCUCCUCUUCGUUUUUGUGAGUAGAAUUUUUAGUUUACAUUGAUCAUCCCGUGUUGUGUUUCUCCACAUUUAAAAAACAAUAUAAUAAUAGAUCCUGAAACAGUUUAUUUCAAUAGACAAGUGUGUCAUCAACACUUCGGGCCUAUAUAUUUUUGGAAGUUUGUAAAAGAUUAUAGAUAAAUACGGUAUUUAUCUAAACAAUCAUCCUACAAGAUUCUUUCAAAAAUUUUCAUUCAACUCAAUAUUACACAUCAGUGCUUUCACGUGACACAUGGCAGUAGUGUUUUGAAAACAAAUUGGAACAUUUGAAGUUUUCAGUAAAACAUUGAAUAAAACAUUAAAUUGUCUUUCUGUUGUUUUAAUUUCCUCAAAAUUUCAUCAAAAAUCCCGCAAAAUUUAUAAUUUGAAAUUCCUACAUAACUAAAAUUUAUCAAUUUAGUUCCCAUUCCAAUCAAGAGAUGGCGUUAAUUCGAUCCGAAAGAUUAACAUGGUCGUGAAACGUCUAUGAGUAUGUAUGGUUUGUGGCUAUACUUAGGACCUUCAUAUUUCACCCAGAAAAACUUUAUGAUUUGGUAAAACAAUGCUGUAAAUUUUUUUAAGAGCAGUUUAAUAAAUUUUGUAAAAUAAAUUUUGCAAUCCAGAUUUCGCAAAAAAAAAUCAUUUUUUCAAAAUGUUGCAGGACUGAAAAUAAACCAGACAGCAAGUUUAAUUUUUUUUACAUAUAGAAGAAUCUAACAAUAAAAAACUGAAAACUUUUGUUUUCUAUACUUCCACAAAAUUUAUUAUAUCUAAGUGACUACAGCUGUUUCGGCGGAGUGCCUUUCUCAAGUAAUAUAGUUUACAAUGUGUUUGCCUUUUUAAUCUUCAACUGAAGAGGUUGAGGAGUGGGGAGCUGUUUGUCUCGAGUUGGUCAUUCAGAAUUAUAUCUGUAUUUUUCAGUUUAUUAAUUUCCAUAGAUUCUAAAAAAGAUAGCUUAAGGCCUUUAUUUUGAAUAUGUAGAAUUUUAAACUCUUCAUUGAAAGAAUGAUUAUGAUCUAGAAGGUGAAGUGCGUAUGUAGAAGUGUCUGUUUUUCUAUUGUUGAAUGCCCUUUUGUGUUCUGCUAUCCGUUUGUCAAAAGUUCUGCCAGUUUGACCGAUGUACGUUUUCGGACAGUCACCACAAGUUAGUUUGUACACACCACUCUGUAGUUGCUUUCUCUUUCGGCUUUUAUUGUUCUUAAUAUAUUUGCUUAAGUUGUUGUUAGUUCUGAAAGCUGGUGUUAUUCCUUUCUUUUUUAUGUAUCUGGCUAUUGUUGUUGUUAUCUUGCCAGUAUAUGUGAGAGAGCAGAAGGUACUGGGUUCUUUCUGUGGUGGUGGAUACACUAAUUUCAGGGCUUUCUUAUGGAGUUUUUGGUUUAAAAUUUUGUUAACUGUUUGUUCGUUAUAGCCGUUGUUUACUGCUAUUUGUUUAAUGAUGUUUAGUUCUAAGCAGUAAACAACGGCUAUAACGAACAAACAGUUAACAAAAUUUUAAACCAAAAACUCCAUAAGAAAGCCCUGAAAUUAGUGUAUCCACCACCACAGAAAGAACCCAGUACCUUCUGCUCUCUCACAUAUACUGGCAAGAUAACAACAACAAUAGCCAGAUACAUAAAAAAGAAAGGAAUAACACCAGCUUUCAGAACUAACAACAACUUAAGCAAAUAUAUUAAGAACAAUAAAAGCCGAAAGAGAAAGCAACUACAGAGUGGUGUGUACAAACUAACUUGUGGUGACUGUCCGAAAACGUACAUCGGUCAAACUGGCAGAACUUUUGACAAACGGAUAGCAGAACACAAAAGGGCAUUCAACAAUAGAAAAACAGACACUUCUACAUACGCACUUCACCUUCUAGAUCAUAAUCAUUCUUUCAAUGAAGAGUUUAAAAUUCUACAUAUUCAAAAUAAAGGCCUUAAGCUAUCUUUUUUAGAAUCUAUGGAAAUUAAUAAACUGAAAAAUACAGAUAUAAUUCUGAAUGACCAACUCGAGACAAACAGCUCCCCACUCCUCAACCUCUUCAGUUGAAGAUUAAAAAGGCAAACACAUUGUAAACUAUAUUACUUGAGAAAGGCACUCCGCCGAAACAGCUGUAGUCACUUAGAUAUAAUAAAUUUUGUGGAAGUAUAGAAAACAAAA